UGUGAUGUCACGAGUGUAUGACGUCACCUAUGACGAAGGUUCCAGAAGGGAAUCCCGGAGAUAUAAAUGCGCAUGCGUGAAAGGUCGUCAGCAUAGAGUUCAAGAUGGCGGAGUUUCCGGAUCUCGGUGCGCAUUGCUCCGAGACUUUCUGCAAGCAAUUGGAUUUUCUUCCAAUGAAAUGUGAUUGCUGUGAGAAGAUAUUUUGUAAAGACCACAUCCUGUAUCGACAACACAACUGUGAGUCUUCCUACAAGAAGGACGUCCAGGUGCCGGUGUGCCCCCUGUGUAACGCCCCCAUCCCUGUGAAGAGGGGGGAGCUGCCUGACAUCAGGGUGGGGGAGCACAUCGACAGGGACUGUAAGUCUGACAAGGCAGAACAGAGGAGGAAGAUCUACACCAACAGGUGUAAUGUCAAGGGCUGUAAGCAGAAGGAGUUGAUACCUGUUGUGUGUGAUUCUUGUCGGAAGAACUUCUGUCUGAAGCACCGUCACACGACAGACCAUAACUGUAAAGGCUACCAGGACACUGGGAGGGCAGUCUCUAAUGCUGGGGCUGCUGCCAUUUUGAGAAAUAAAGGGUCCAACAAAGCCAGCAGUGCCGCUCGAUCCUCGGGCACUGCAGCCUCCAGACCAUCUAACAGACCACAGCAGACGAUGAUGGCUUCUGCUGGCAGGGAACUGGACAGGGAGAGAAGGGAGCGGGAAGCCCAGCGGAGGCAGCAGCAGACAGGAGGCCGACAGCAGACCAUGGCUAAUGUAGGAGCAGCGCAGGCCCUGCAGGCUGGGCUGUCCGAGGAUGAAGCCAUGGCUCUAGCCCUGCAGCAGUCACUAGCUGAGGAGCAGGCCAAGGGCCAGCAGAAACCAAUGACCCAGCAGGAGCAGGACGACCUAGCCUUAGCCCAGGCACUAGCGGCAAGUGAGCAGGAAGCCCUCAGUCAACAGCAAAGGGGCAGACAGGGGAAUCAGGACAAGAACAGCUGUUCAGUCUCUUAAUAAUCUUCAUUGUGCCUCUAUGUACAUAGUCUUCCUACUCCAAAAUGAUAUAUAAUAUACAUUGUGUAGUACUUGUAUUUGUUACUUUGUCAAAAUUGUGUCCAUAUCUAUCCAUACUCCAAAAUGGAAUGGUUGAAAGGCAAACUGACAAACUAUAAUAGUUUUGUUAAUAAAAGUUGUGAAGCAGCUGAUAUAAUUAAAAGUUGCCAAUUUUAA